AUGGUCACCACGUCUACUGUUGCUUUGGUUGUCGCUUCUACCCUCUUUUUAGCUUUGGUUCGGUCCAGAGCUAAUUGGCGAAAGAGAACCAAAGGGUUCCCUUUACCUCCCAGUCGAAAAGGCUGGCCGGUCAUUGGCAAUGUCCUCGACCUCCCCGGCAUUAUCGGUACAGAAUGGGAAGCGUACGAGCAGUGGGGGAAGGAAUUAGGAAGCGACAUGAUAUAUAUCAAUGGAGUAGCCAAAUCCAUUGUUGUUCUGAACUCCAGAGAGUUGGCUGUCGACCUGUUCGAAAAGCAGUCAUCGAUCUUCUCCAGUCGAGAAACCCUUCGUAUGCUGGACCUGAUGGGCUGGGAUUGGGCCCUCCCGUUCCUUCCCUACGGCGAACCAUGGAGGAGUCGACGGCGUCUCUUCCACCAAUACCUCCGCCCUAGUGAUAAGAAAAUGCACGCUGAACGAGCGAUCGAUUUCCUGAAGCCAAUGUUAAACUCACUUCUCUCUGAACCAACCCAAAUUCAGCACCGAGCUAAGCAGGCUAUUUCGGGAAUCAUGUUCUCCCUUGCCUAUGGCAUCGACAUCACCAAGGAGACGAAAUACGAGGAUAUUUGUGAAGCAGCCAUACGGCCAGUCGUUUAUGCGAGCUUUCCAGGUCGGUACCUGGUCGAGUUUAUCCCCCAACUGAAUCGUGUCCCUGCCUGGAUGCCAGGUGCUGGGUUCCAGAAGGAUGCUGCGAAGUGGAGAGCGCUGCAGGACGUCUUCAAGAUUGCCCCCUUCCAAGAGACAGUGAAGCGUUCGAAGGAAGAUGAUCAUGUGUCCUCGUUCGUCUCAUUGGCACUCAGCGACUUGCCGAAUGACCAGACCCGCGCCACCGAACACAGGAUCAGAGUGCGCGACGCAGCGGCUAUGGUCUACGCUGCUGGGAGCGAGACAACCAACUCUGUCCUCGAGUUCCUAUUCUACGCGCUUCUGUCUAGGCCAGAAGUGCAAAAGAAGGCGCAGAGGGAACUCGACGACGUUCUGAUGGAGACGACUCAAGAUGGAGGUGUUCGAAUUCGACUUCCUGAUAUUGAAGACUUCGGGGAUAUGCCUUACAUUAACGCCAUCGUCAAAGAAGCGUUGAGGUGGCAACCGGUGAUGCCAGUCGGCUAUUUCAUUCCGAAGAGCACUAUCGUCAUUGGCAAUGCAUGGGCCAUGCUUCGGGACCCCAGGGUGUACGAUGAUCCCGAGACGUUCAAACCAGAAAGGUUUCUCAAAGCAGACGGAUCAUUGAACCCAGACGUUCCCGAUCCUCACAACGUCGCUUUCGGUUUCGGAAGACGUCUUUGCCCUGGAAAGCACAUCGGGUCCAACUCCAUCACAUUUGUGGUGUCCUCGGUUCUGCUUCUGUUCGACGUAUACAAAGAAGUGGACGACUCGGGCAAGGAAAUCAUGCCUGAGAUGGAAGUCAUCAGUGGGCUUGCCAGGUCUAAAGCCUUUCAAAUGCGUGUUGAAACCGCGAUCCGGAGUUACGAAGUCGUUCCUCGAGUCUCUGUGAUCUGGCCGAUGAUGAUGAGAGAGACCUUCCUCUCGACAGCUCUAUCCUGAAUGCAUAGAAACACCUCCUACGUCGCAUCACCGCGCUGCUGGGGUUGUCCCCCGAGUACUGCCUGGGACUCAUACCUGCGGUGUAUGGCCAGGGCGUACUUUGCCAAUACAAGUAUUCUUUGG